AUGGCCCAUGGAAAGGGACAUGAUGACAGGUCCCAGCUGAUCCCGGCUCUGCGGGACACCGAGGCUCAGGAAGGCGCUGCCAGCUCAGUCCCGCGCUGUCCCCGCUGCCCGGACGCUGCGGCAGCACCUGCGGAGACAAGCGCAGCCUGCGGGAGCUCUCCGGUGCCCGCAGCCCCGGCCCCUCGGGCUCUGCAGCCGCUGCAGCCCAGCUCCGUGCCGGGACAGGCGCUGACAACGCCUGCGAGCUGCCGCCUGCGGGGACAGGACAGCUGCGCCUCGGAGUCCGCCUGCCCGGGAGGAAGAACCAGCAGCCCCGGGCUGCUCAGCAUUGUCCCCGCAUUCCCUGCCCCGCUGCUCGCAGCCCGGGCACACCGAGCGCUGCCACAGCCGCUUUGGGUCCCUGCCCGGCAACGGGAAGCGGCUCCUGGCCGAGAAGGCGGCGCCAAGGAGCCUCCAGAGCCCGAAGCAGGCAGGAUGCGGCGCUUUGUGCCUCCACUCGGCGCCUGCAGCUCUUUGGGCUCUGAGGCUCGUUCAAGUUCAUGCCGUGCCAGCCCUGAGCCGGGCAGGGACACCUCCCGCCUGAGCAGCGGCGCCGAGCCCGGGGCGCCACGGCCGAACCUGUGCCGGGCACGGAGCAGCCACCUCCGGGCUACCGAGAGCCACCGGGAUGAGCCAUCGCUGCUGCGGCACCGGCUCGUCCCCAGCGAUCCGCGGCAAGGAGGAGACCGCGGGCAGCCGCUCCCUGCCCAGCUCAGGCCAGGGGCACACGGGGGAAGCGGCGCAAGGAACUCGCCAGAACCGGCCCGUUCCCCUCAGCGCGGCCCCUCCGGCCGCAGCGAGCCCGGGCUGGGCACAACCGAGCGGGGUCGUACCUGUGCUGGAGCCGCUCCCAGCUCCGGGACCGCUGCACGGACCGGCACCAACACCGCCCGACAGCGCAGCUUCGAUCCCGGCCAGACCCACCGGGCGCUGCCGUCGCUCUUUAAAUCCGACAUUGGCCGCGUAGUGGUUGUUUCGGGUAAAGAGCGACAUCGCCCCGACCCGCCUGCUCGAUUCCCCUCGCUGACUGGCCAGAAUACAAAAACCAGCUCCGCUUCUCUUUCGCAAAUAAUAGUGCCACGGCAGACACUACGGUCCACCUUUUGUGGGAGCGCUUCUCUAUCGCUGCUUUCGCCCUCGAACGUGCAGGGGGUCCCGGAGCUGGGAGCGGCUCCAGCACAGGGCCGGGACCAGCUGGGACCUGUCAUCGUGUCCCUUUCCAUGGGCCAUCUCCGUGGGUGUAUACCUGUUUCCGAGGCCGAUCUCCUAAAGGCUAUUUCAGCACUCCUGAUGUGUUGGGAGCAAGGGGCUGUUUGUUGCGAGCAGAGAGAUGCCGGCUGUGAGCUGGAGCAGAGAGAAAUCUGCUCCAUUCGUGGGCUUCUGAAGGAGCUCCUGCAUCGCCUGGAGGGACCAGCAGCCGGGCUGACACACUUGCCAGGGGUGAAAGAAGCCACUUGCCGUAAGAAAAACGAUGCCACUUGUGAGUGUGCAGUGAGGGAAGAUGUGGAGAAUGGAAUCUGCAGCAGCGAUGGCAGAGUGAGGGAGCCCCUGGAUCCCCAGGGCACAUCAGCAACCGGCCAUGGGCACAGAAGCAUCCUCAGAAAAUUGCCGGGCAAGAGGUUCAGCUGCCAUCCCGUGCUCCCCUUGGUGCUGAUCCUGCUCCUGGUGCUGGUGCUGGCGUUGGCGGUGGCCUUGGCUGUGCAGUCAGCACCACAGGCUCCAGUUCCACCUGGGACUCCUCUGUUGAUUCUGGGCUGUCCCCCUCGCUGGGUUGGAUACAAUGGACUCUGCUACUACUUCUCAAAGGAUUACAGAACCUGGGAUGAGGCUCAAGAGCGGUGCUCGGAGCUCGGGGCCUCCCUGGCCAUUGUCAAGGAUGAGGCAAUGGAUUUGCUCUUCCGCCUCGGCGGGAACGGCGAUUACUGGGUGGGGCUGCGCAGAUGGGGCGAGCACCUGCAGUGGGGGGACGGCAGCAGCUUCAGCUCCUCGGUUCCUGUCCUGGGCAAUUCCGAGUGUGUGUACCUGGCUGAGGAGAAAUUCAGGAGUGUGAUCUGCUCGAAUCCGCAGCCGUAUCUCUGCAGCAAGCCCCGAGCUCCCCUGUAACAGGGGCUGGAGAAAGGAGCUUCUCCACGCUGGGCAGUCCCAGCUUCACCUCUCAGCCCAGCUCAGGGCUGUCCUUUCUCAGCUGCACCCUGUGCCUUGCACUUGCUCUCAGGGUCACCUCAGUGCCUGUUCAUCCCCCUGCCAGCGCUGGGCUGGCUGUUCAAAGGAAAAGUCUCUGCAAUCCAUCCUGCCAGCCGUGCUAGCUGGAGUGAGGGGAUUGCCCUCAGUGCACAACAAACUCGAAUAGGAAAUCCAAAUCACCCUGGUCUGUUGGAAAUCAUCCCCAAGUAGCCUGAAGGUGAGAGUUUUUGACUGUCCUUGGAAGAACAGCUGGCAUGUGGUGAGGAAGAAUCCCACUUUGGCAUCAGGCACCUGAGCGUGAUGAAUGGUUUCUCUCUGUCUGUCUCUCUUUCUGCUGCAAAUGAUCUGACUGUUCUGCCUUGGGAGGUAUCCCUGGCUGGAGCAGGAUAAGGAUUUGUCUCUCUGAGGGCGAAGCAGUGAUGUGAUGUGACUGUAACCCACAUCCCUCUGUUCUAUAUUGUGGGGAGCAGGGCAGGAAUCAAGGAUAAAAUGUAGCCCAGGAAGAAGAGAAUAGUGUGGGGAAGGUACAUUUUUAGGAUUUGACAUACUUCUCAUUGCCUUGCUCUGAUUUGCUUGAUAAUAAAUUCAAUUAAUUUUCCCUUUCUGGGCCCUGUUAUGCCCAUGAUGGGCGAGAGAUCUCUCGCUGCCUUGAGACCCUCCAGCCUUUCCUGAUUGAGAGAGAGAUGGGGACACUGACUGGUGAUCAGAAGCCGAAUGUACUGUGAGCUAGGUAUGCUUAUAUUGCAUUUUGGGACGGCUAGUAAUUUUUUGCUACAUUCAUUGGGUUAAACAUCACACAGACAAACUUAAACAUUCUGCAACAUCUCUACUUGAUUCAAUUUUCUUUCCUGUUGCCAGUCUUAUUCCAGUCUUCUUGCUGUGUUCUUGCCAAGGCAUCUUGGUUAUCAAACUGCUCAUGCCAAUUCCAUCCACAGGACUCUGUCUUAGCUCCCACAUCUCCCCCGUUUCUUUCAACUGAGAAUGUAUUCUUUAGUGACUUGUCUGUUAUUUUUUUUCACACGGUGUAAAAUACAAGGAAUAAUUAUAACAGUACAUCAAGCGAUGCCUAAUACAUAGCAGCCUAUUUUAACUAACUCUCUUAUCCAUCUACUAAGUCCAUCAGUCUGUUAGAGGUCAAGCAGUUGCUGGUGAUAUUCUUCUCACAGACAUUCCCAGAGGGUGAAAUCACCAACCUUCAGAGGUUAAUGUCAGGGCUGGAUGACAAUUAGCUAAUUUUUUCUCUUCUCUGGGCAUCAUUCUUUUGGAAGCAAUCAAUGUUUGUUCAGACUAGCAAGGAACUUUUGUCGUGAUGGUGAUAAAACACAUGCAUACUUUCUGCCUGGGUUAAUAAAUCAGCUAGGCUUCAUCAUUGUACACUCAACUAAGGGUCUUUACAUAGAAGCUUUUAGAAAUUGCCUCUGCUUAUGCAAAUCUUCAAAGCAGUAUAUCUCUGAGAGGGAUUAAAUUUAAUUUCAUUACAUUUCAAAAUUUUUAGUAUCAAUUAUUUCAACAUCUUGAGGGUCCAUACUCCACCUUCUUCUGUUUUGUUAACAACAUGUGUCUCUCAUCAUUGAACAUGAAGGCAACAUAAAAAGCAAAAAAAGCAUGUGGAAAAACAAUAAAUUCACACCAAGCAAAAAUAAAUUAGAUAAUACAUGUGAUUUGUAAUAGACAAAAGAAGGAAUGGUGAUUUAAAACAAUGCAUUAUCCAUUCCCUCAAUACUGUACCAUCACCCAGAGUGUGCAGUCUUGGCUGAGCAAACACUUGUCAGCUUUCAAUACUAUGCUAUUGGCUAGAAAGUUGUUAAAAGACUGUUCACAAAGAGAACUUCGCCUGCAGUGCAGGCAGCUGGAGCUGUUCCAUCUCCCUUGACUGGUUCUGUAAAAUGAGGCUGAUGUUUGUGAUGGAAUAAAGCUUCAAGACAGCUGCUCCAGCAUUCCACUCCUGUUGUUUGUGUGCACAGAUAGUGGUAAAUAUAAGGUAAAAAAAAAAAAAUCCCAGAAAAACACAGCAGUGCUGGUGCCCCGUGUGGUGCCCUGUUUCAUUUUAUAAAACAACUGUUGGAAUCCCCAGAUAGUUUAAAGGGACAUCUGUGCAAUAAUCCUUUUGCAUUAUAAAUGGAUACUGUUCUCGUCUCCUCCUGGCUGCUGGACACCCUCGGAUGGAGCCGAGGAAGGAGCCUUGUGGAGAAUCAAGGUGAGCUCUGGGGAACAGAAAUCACAGGACAGGAUUUGUCUGUUGAGAAAUGGGACAUUUAUCACUGGCUAAAGACAAUGAUUACUGCUGAACCUCAUAUUAAUAUUCAGGAUGAUGAAUUGAAAGACCUUUUAACGUGGGUCAAUAUGAACUGUUCAAGCACAGACCUUAACUCUCUCUUCACAUUCUCUUUUUGGGAUGUUGUCCACUGGAAACUUUAUAAUCCAUUCACUUUUGGACGGGAUCAGAGCGUGGUUAAAGUUAUUGCUGUUUGUCGAAUGAUCAUGAGCAUUUUUCAACUGCCAAUCCCACCUCUGCUUUCCCCGUGUACCCCAAAAUGAAUCCCCAAAACUCUUCCUGUAAUAAUUGCUUAAUUCAAACUGAGCACCCUGCUCCUUUUCUCCCUCAGCACAGCAUCUCUCCUCCUGUGUUACUUCCUCAAAAUGUUUCAGCCUAUUCCUGUUUUGGUUUUAAUUUAAAACUGGACAGAAAUGCUAAUUAAUAUAGUGGUUUUGCUUUACUAAUUUUAAAUUUUCUUAUUGUGAGAUAGGAUUAGGAGGAAGGCAAAAACAGGCUCACCUUUAAAUGCUACUGAGAAAAACUUUAUUACUAGAAACUAUAAGAAAAAAACCUUGAAAUAUAACUUCAGAGCACUUUUCUUCCUCUUACACACUUCCUUUUUUCACACUGAACACGUACAAAAAACAACUCAGUUAGUUUACUACCUUUAAAAUAUCUUUUAACUAGUUUAUUUGAACGAGAAGAUUUCUUUUGUUGUUUUUGUUUAUGGAGUUUUUUUAAAAGACAUAGUUUUUAUGGCUUUGAUAUCACAGUGUUUAGCUGCAUGGGAGAAUGGAAAUCUGAUCACUUGCAAAAACCAUUUUUCAGAUUAACAGUUUUUUCUAUAAUUAUUAUUGAGCACUAUAUUAACUUACGAGGCACACUUUAAGGAUUGUAACUGUUUAAGCAACAGCUUCUUUUAUUUUUGAGAAUAGAGGGUUUUUUCCUUCGUCUUCUUCCCUGGGGAACACUAGGGGUUUUCUUAGUAUUUAAACUUAGGUGAUUACAGGAGUUUUAACAUCUGCUCACUUUAACAUUAAUGCCUUUGCUCAUAUUUACAGUUAGAACAGUUCUAUUCACUCCAUAAUAUUUUUAUGUGUUAUAGGGAGACAAGAGGGUUUUUUGUCUAUAGCAUAAAUAAAGAGAAAAUUCAUUUUGUGGCUUUGCUCUUUUCCUUAUUUAA